CCCUGAUUCGCCCACACCCACCCGUUGGCACCACAGCAGCCCUCCAAAACGCCAACGCAGAGCUCGCCAAACGAUCCACCGCCGCCGCUCUUCCUCCUCACUCGCUCCAGUCAAGGUCAGCCCCGAUUUCCACAGUGAACUAACUACCUGCUACUACCCACCAAGCCAGUCCAGCGAUCUAGAGAGAGAGAGGCACGCAGGGCAUAAACACGGAUAAAUAACACCUGCGUUCUGCCUUUUUUUGUUGCUGCUGCAAACUACGACGGCUAGUUAUUGACGGUGGACGGAGUGGCUGUUUUUUGGUUGCUGAGAGUGAGUGCUGUUUUUUGGUUGCUGAGAGCUACCUGGCUCAUCCACCAGACUGAACGAAUCCAGACAUUGCACCAGACGAAAACACAACCACCACAACCCGCCAUUGAACACACAUCCCUCUCACCACCACCCACGCGCCUCCACACCCGCCCAUGCAGCCCGCACCCACGCGCCUCUGAAGCCCAAUGGCCCUGCAAACCUCGCGCGGCCCGCCGCUGCCCGCGCCCACCGACACCUCGAGCAACUCCGGCGUCGGGGUCAACAGCGGCGGCGCAGGCGUCGACGCGGCCGGCCUAGACGGCACCGAGCUCUCCCGCGUCACUGACCAGUCGGACCAGACGUCGUACUCGAUUCCCGAGGAUGGGAGUCCCGUGACGAUCCCGACGCAUCGGAGGAGGGAGGGCGCCGAUCGGAUAUCGAGAGAGUCGCAUCCGUCGCAGACGUCGUUGCUGAUUGAGUAUUUUGAGGGGGGGAAGGAGAGUCAGGUUGAGUCGAGGCGGCCGAGCGUGAGGGUUAAGGUUACGCCGAGUGGGAAGAGUAAGGGGAGGAGUGGCGGGAGUGGCGGGCAUAUACAGAUUACGAAGUCCCGGUCGGGGGGGAAGGAGGAGAAGGAUGGCGGGACGAAACCGUCCUAUACAAAGCGCAUUCACCUGUCGUCGUCGGGCGGGAAUACGAAGAAUGCGCGAUUAGUGGAUCUCGAGGGUGAUGGACAGAGUCUCAGCUCCUAUGCUUCGGCGACGGAGGAGUCGAAUGUCUCGCGCAACCCGAUUGAGAUUGAGGUUGGCCCGAGGCGGCAUCGCAGUCCGCUGAUUCCAGACCCAGACGCCCCGAUCCGCGAGCAGGUUCUCGGAUCGGACGUCUCGUCCAUGCCAGCGAACAGCUUCCUCGACGGAGAUUCCGGCCUCCGCUCCGAGAGGGGCAGCAGGGGCUUCUCGAAGAACGAAGCGCUAAUCUCGGGAGCUGCCGCUGGCCUAGGUGCAGCUGCCCUGGGGGAGGCACUUAAAGCCCCGGCCCGUCGCCGUAGCCGCAGCCUCAGCCGUGAGCGCAUCAUUACGCAGAAGGCGGCGGAGAAGGUGCGUAGCGCCAAGUCGGAGCACAACCCUAAGCACAGCCGCGACCGCAGCGUCAGCGACAACGCUAAACGCGCCGAGAAGCACAGCGAGGUGAGCGGAGGAUCGCCGCGCAGGCGGUCCAGCCGCGGACACCACGACGACUCCGUCCUAAGCGGCGAGUCGAGCCUGCUCACCUCCUCCAAACUCUCAGAGCGCUCGCACCGCUCCGCCGCAUCGGGGAAGUCAUCCAUCACUAACCCCAAGCUCCUCGAGACCGUCGAGGACGCUAUACGCCGCCUCAUCCUGCCCGAGCUCAACGCCCUCAAGAAGGAGAGCGCCAGCCGCGACAAAUACGACCGCGAGCAGCGCGAGCCCCGCCACCGCCGCAGCUCCCUCACAUCUAGCAGCGCGCUCUCUCAGGAGUCCCGCGAGGGCGAGACGCGCAGCAAACGCACCAGCGCCGGCGACGCAUCGUUGAAAUCCAAACCCGGCGAUGACCGCGACCGCGCCGUCUCCACCGGCACCGUGCGCGCCUCCAAAGACCGCCGCAGCUCUCGUGGUGGCUCUGAGUCUCCGCGCCCGCACACGCCGCGGACACCGCGCAGCGUGGAUCGUAUGACGGGUGAUGAGUCGGCGUCGAGGCAGAAGAGGAGCGGGAAUACCAAGAAAUCGGCGUUUGGAGCGCUGGCGGCGGGGAUUGGACUCGGUGCGCUUGCGGGGGGACUGAAGAGUCAUGGCGGGCACGAGGAGAAGGAGUAUGAUGAUAAGGAGCGUGCGGAGAGGCGGAGACGGCGCGCGAGGAGUCGGAGCCGGGGGGAUGAUGUGGAGAGCUUUGAUCGUGCGGAGGAGGAUGUGCCGCCCAUGCCGAUGAUGAGUGACGUUAAUGCGUCGGAUAUCACGCGCUCGUCGAUCUUGUCGGCGUCGACGGAGCGGCCGAGGUCGGCGGCUGCGGAGAAGGACGGGACGCCGGUGCAUGGUGUUGCGAGGGGGUUUGGGAGUCCGUAUGGUAGUCAGGGACAGGGACAGCGCGGAUUGGGAAUGCUGAAUAAUAAUGGCUCGACGCCGGAUGUGAGCCGUAUGGACCUGCGGAUGGGAGAGGGCGAGUAUGACCUCGAUGAGUAUGGGCGCAAAGUCCCUCUCAACCGAUCCGUUGAUGAUUCCGUAUACGACCAGCAAGCGUACCACCACGACCUCGACGCCAACAAGGGCGGAUAUGGCAAAGCAGCCGCCGCGGCAGUUGGCGGUGGCGCCUUGGGUGUUCUAGCCGCCAACGCGAUGGCGCAUCAUAAUCAACACCACGAGGACGACGCGCGCUACCUCGAAGAAGACGAAGAUGCGGAUGCGGCAUACUAUGCACACACCCAGCAUGUCCCAUCGCCGCUCAAAUACGUGCCUUACAACCAAGAAAAGCGCGGCCUCUCCCCCAUCCAGAGUGUGUCUGGCUACACCGAGGCUGAUGAACAGGAGCGUCUCCAGAAACAGCGCGAUUCGAGAGCUACGAUGACGCAGAGUUCGCGGUCGCGCGGAUCUCUCGCUUCGACGUCGCUUGACCAGAGUCCGGCCCAUAAAGCAACGUCUAUCCGCUCCGAUGGCGUCCUGGGGGUCGACCCGCGCAGUUUCGAUUUCAGGGAUGUCCGCAUGGGCGGGCUGACCGACUCGGAGCUUACCCAGGAGGGUGAUCUUGAUCACGACGCCGAUGCGGACGCGGAUGCUGCGUCAGAGGCGGAGUACCAGCGUCACCGCAGCGCGGCCUUUGAAGGCGGCGACUGGGCCGGCCCGGAUUACAUCCACACACCCGUAGCGGUCGAGAGCGCCGUCGCCAGUCUGCUGGACGCGAGUGUCUUGACUGGACACACUGGGGAGCCGAGCCCAGCGCUAGAGGGUGGAUAUGAGAGUCACCUCGGCGAUGCGAAGAGUGCUCCUGCGGGAGUGAAUCGCCAGGCUAGCUAUGCGUCGUAUGACGAGGGCUCCGAGUGCCGCUUCACAGCCAAGGGAGUCAGUCCAGCUGCCCCUGCGUCGCCUACGACUCGCGACACCGUCCCUAUUGACAGCCAUGGUGUGGACACGUAUCCAGAGUAUGAACUCGACGAGCAGGGCCGCAAGAUCACGAUGCCCAAUUACAAGCAGCACAGCGGCAAAGGCGCCGCAAUCGCUGGUAUCGUCGGCGCAGCUGCUGGCACCGCAGCCACGAUGCUAGUUAACCACCACCAAGUCCCCGAACAGCACUAUGCUCAGCAACAGGGACAUGACCAGAUCCCCGGCGCGCCGCUGCAGAAAUCCUUUAAAGACCGCGCGAGGGAUUAUAUACCCCCUUCGCCGCGGAGAGGUGACAUGUACCUCGAUUCUGACGAAGAGAGUUCCCGAGCCAAGAUGAGUGCUAACGCCGCCCCGGGCAUGGACGAUCCGGUUGACCCCAUGUUCGCGGAGGACGCGAGCGUGACUACAAACCCGAGCGUCAUCAACGGCCCCAGCGAGCCCUACAGUCCCGCGGACGACCGCGAGGUGCAACAGGGCGAUAGGGAUUGGUACUACAAGACCCCCACGCGCAAGGCUGUCGGCAGCGGUAGUGCUGGGAGCGGUCUUCUCAGGGGGGCGGAUAGCGAUAGUGGACUCCGCGCGGCGCAGAUGGGACUCAUGGACUCUGCGCCCCUGGGGGGGAAGGCGCAUACGCGUGAUCAGAGCUUGGAUGAGGAGUGGCACCGCACUUCUGAUGAGAGGAAGAGGGAUACGCUUAUCACGAACCCGUAUGAGGGGUCUAGUCCCGUCACGCUUCUCGGGGGUGAGAAAGAUAGGAAUCUCCUUGGGCAGCUGGGGUAUGAGGGCGUGCGACGGAGCCUUGGUGGUGAGGCCGGGGGGUAUAAUACAGGUAGUCCCGGUGCGGUGCCGAAGGAUGAGGGAUACAUCUCGUCGGCGCCGAAUGCAAGGUCGCCGGGGGUGGUGACGCCGGAGCCGAAGAGGGGCGUGGUGGGGUUUGCGGAUGCGGAGGGGAUGGGGCCGGGGGAGUUUGAUGCGGGGGAUCCGUUUUAUAGCCCGCAGCAGAGGCAUCAGAGGCAGUUGAGUGGGAUGUCGCAGGGGAUGGAGUCGCCGCUUUAUGAUGGGGCGAUGGGGAGGCAUAGGGAGGCGAUUAAGAGUAAGGAUAUUGUGGCGUUGAUGGAUCAUCUCACCGUUCGAGAUGCCCAGCGCAAUGCGCGGGAUACCGAGAUCCUCGUCACCCUCGUGCGCGCCGCCGCCGAGAUGCGCAAUUCCUUCGAAGACAUGAAGCGUCUCCUCGCCGACACCGAAGACGUCGUCAUCACCGAAGUCCAACGCAACACCGACAAAUCCAUCAUGAAAGCCAUCAACGGCCCGCGCCCCCUCCCGCAAUCCGUCAAGUCCCUCCGCUCCGGCACGGGCGACGACGACGACCUCCCCACGAAGCGGCGCAACGUGUUCAAGCGGGCCCUGAAGGGGCUGAGCAUGCGCUCCACCAACGACCUCGCGCAGAUCGAGCGCAUGCUUGUCCAGCUCCUAGGCGAUGUGGAGGGGUUGAAGGUCGCGCAGGGCUUGUCGUCGAGUGUUGCGCGGGGGGAGGGGUUUGAUGAUGACGAGUAUGAUGAUGCGCAUCAGGAGGGCGCGGCGGAGCAGGAUCGCGGGUAUGAACCGGAGGGCCAUGCGGGCACGACGACAGCCAGCCACGCAAGCCAGAGCGGACACUUCUCCAACCCGCUGUCGCGCGGCACGAGCGCGUCGCAGGGGUUUGGGGGGAGGAAGCUCAGCGAGAAUAGAGUCAGUACCGUGCCCGAGGGCGACGAGGACGAUAACGUACCCGACUACCGCGAGCGGGCUAUCCUAGGCAAUGCUUACGACGACGCCGAGCCCCUCCCCCCACUCGACCACAACCCGCGCCCUGGCUCCGCACCCCUAGGCACCCCGCCCCGGCGCGUCGAGGCCGCGAAUCUGAGUAACGAGAACACGCUGCGCACGGACAAGAGCAAGAAACACAAGUCCUCCUCGUCGUUUGGAUGGAACCCUAUCCCUAAGAUCUCGCGCUGGUCAGAGACGACGGCUAGUACGGUGGCGAAGGGCUUCCGUAGUAGUGGGGGACGCAAGGACGCUGCGCCAAACUCGCCAAAUACGACUAGCCACCCGCAGUCAAGGAGUGGUAGCGAUGUAGGGAAUUACGAUCAUGAUGUGUAUGGGGGUGAUAAAUUGCACAGUGGUUUCUCUGCCGCGACGCUGCCGCUGCAGCAGAGUGCUGAUAGCCUCGCUCAGCAGCCUCACGACAACACCCAGCAAGCACACCAGGCACACCACGCCGACGGCCUCUCGAACCUUCCCCCCCUCCUCCCCCCGGAAGACCCCAAAUACAAAGCCCACCGCAACUCCCUCAACCUCCAGCACCCGCAGCCGCGCACGGGACACCAUUACCAGGGGACGCUGGAGCGGGAGGCGCAGGAUUUUAGGGGCAUGGGGAGUCCGCGGAGUGUUGAUUGGGGGAGCACGACGAGUUUGGACAGGUUGCCGCAGAAUGCGAAUAUGAAUCGUUACAGUAAUGGGACGACGGGGAUGGAGGAUAGUCAGGGACAGAGGCAUUACGAUGAGGGACCUGCAAGGCCGCCGAAGGAACCCCUCGACUCCUCCAGCGCGGGGGCGGCGCAGUAUCCCCCUAAACCUGCCGUCCGCGGCGGUGGGAAACUCACGAAGCCGAGUCCCCUCGCCACGGAACAGCGUGUUGAUUACGACGCCGCGAAUAACGAUGACGAUGGACGACGCAGCGCCAGCGCCGCCAGUAGCGCGAGGACCUACGAGGGGAGUCCGAGGGCGGUGCAUAGGAGUGUGAGCGGGCUUGCUGCGGUCCCGACGAGGAAACCGACGGGGCCGAGGAGUAUGGGGAGUCCUAGGGGAGCGGGGGAGGGGGGAGGGGGGAAGCGUGGUGAGUCUUCACCGAGUCCGGGGCGGGGGGGGGAGUACCGGUAUUGGUAGUCCCCUACUCUAACGGCGCGCGCGUGUGGUUGACCGACUGAUCAUUUCGCCUGCCGGAGUCCGUGGGGGUGAGGGACGAUGGGGGGUGUGGUGGUUGGGCGGCCGGGGGCCGUUUGUUGUUUGUUGAGGAGAAGCUGAUUUGUUUGGGGUUUUUGCAGAUACGUUUGGUUUUGACGGCACCACGCCCGCGCUGCGAGGGCGGUGGAGCGGGGAGAGCGAGUGUUUCUAGAUCCCCUCCGCGUCGUUUCUGCUUUUUUGAGAGGGAAGUUUUUUCGUUUGCUUUAGGCGGGGAUGAUGACUUUUAUGACGAUUAUAUUGAGGGGUUCUUUUCUUCUCUCUCCUCUCUCCUCCCUUCAAUUUCAUUUUUUUGGAGGGAGGGAGGGGGAGGGGAAGAGGAAGGGAGGUUGGGUGAUGAUGCCAUGAUGACUCUCUUUUUUUUACCUCGUUUUUUUGUGGGGGCUUUUCGUCUGCGAGAGACGGGGGAUAUAAAAGGAGCGAGAUCGAGAGGGUUGUGUGUGUGGGAUUUUGAUUGGGAUAGUGUAAUAUUUUGUGAGGGGGGUGAAUAAAAGCAGUGUGCUUCGAGGCUUUUCUUGGGUUUUUGGGGUUGAGAUUGUGAGAUGUGAGACGUGCGAGUGAGUUGGUGGGGGGGAAUAAAGUUUCUUGUCGACGACGAGUAUAAUCACGGCCUGCGUAGUUUGCGUCUCAUCGAUUUGUAUUUAUUAUUGAACUUGUCUAUUUCCGCCUUCCCUUGCCCGCAAACGACCUUAAUGC